AUGAAUAUUACCGAGUCUCAAAGCUCAGAACUGGAAUGGACGCCAGGUCAGGCAGAAUAUGCUAUCGUAAUAACCAUAUCUAUCGUCUCUCUUAUGGUCGCUCUGGAUGCUACUAUCUUAGUCCCGGUGCUACCUAACCUCGCCCUUGAUCUGGGUGGCUCUGCUACCCACUCAUUCUGGGCUGGCACUUCAUAUCUCCUUACAUGCGCCGUUUUCCAACCUUUCAUCGGCGCUCUCUCCGACAUCUUUGGCCGGAAGGAGAUGCUGCUCGUCUCCUUAUUCUUCUUCACCCUUGGUACCCUGCUCUGCGCUCCCCUUGCCCACGACUUUACCGUCUUGCUGGCUGGACGGUCAAUACAGGGUAUCGGCGGCGGCGGCAUCAUUACGAUGGGUCAGAUUAUCUUUGCGGAUAUCAUUCCUUUGAGGUUGAGACCCAAGUACUUCGCAUUCGUGCUAGGCGCCUGGGCUCUGGGAAGCGUGCUGGGGCCGUUGAUUGGAGGUUUAUUUGUUCAAUAUGCAACGUGGAAGUGGUGCUUCUACAUCAAUCUCCCCUUCUGCGCUCUUGGCUUUAUAAUGGUCCCACUAUUUGUCCGCUUAUCCACAGAGAAGUCUUCGCUCAUCUCCAAACUUCUCCGCGUGGAUAUGGUAGGCGGGAUCCUCUUUAUCGGCGGCAUGACCAGCUUUCUUAUCGGCAUUUCUUGGGCUGGCAUCCAAUUCGCCUGGUCCUCUGCCGCGACUCUCGCACCUAUCCUCUUCGGUGUAAUGGCUGUAUCUCUUUCCCUCUUUUGGGAGAAGUACGGUGCAAGUGAGCCGUUUUUACGCCCGUCUCUCUUUUACUCCUGGUCCGCAGUGACCAGCUACCUGGGAGCUUUUUGCCAGGGAUUCCUCCUCUUCUGUGGCUUGUAUUACGUUCCUUUGUACUUCAGUUCCGUCCGUUUUGCAACGCCUGUUGAGGCAGGGCUCAACCUAUUUCCCGUUACCUGUUUUCUUCUCCCUGGCUCCAUGGUUGUUUCUAUCCUGACAUCUCGGCUCGGCCGCUUUCGAUGGGGCAUUUGGUCUGGCUGGGCGAUCACUUCGGUGGGUUGUGGCCUACUUGUGCUACUGGAUGAGAAUACGAGCACCCCGUUAUGGGCUACCUUCUUCGCUGUCUUCGGCAUCGGGAACGGCAUGGUACUCACGAGCGUCAACGUUGGAAUACAGGCCAUCAGCCGUGUUGAGGACUGCGGUCGUGCCGCCUGCAUGUACGCCUUUAUGCGCACGCUGGGAAUGAGCGUCGGCGUUGCUGUCGGAGGCACCACAUUCCAGAACGUCAUGGCCAAUCGCUUGAGAGAUCUUGGUUUGCCAGAGACUGUUGCUCAGAACGCUGAGGCAUUUGCAAGAAAAUUGGCUACUAUGGCUUCUACAGAUCCGGAGCGAGUCGGGGCGCUGUCAGCUUAUGCCAAAGGAUUCCAGGGAGUGUUCUGGGUAAUGACGGCGACGGCGACGUUUGGCUUUCUGACUAGUCUGGUGAUCCGCAAGCAUAGUAUGAAUAAGACGCUUGAGUCUAGGUUCUCAUUGGAUGGGGCGAGGAAGAGGAAUUCAGAGGUGCCUUCGGUGGAGAGUAGCGCAACUGAGCAGGUUUGA